CAGGGGCGGACUGACCAUUUGGAAACUCGGGCACUGCCCGAGGGCCCGGGGUCAGUAGGGGGCCCCAUGAGAUGCCCCUGGUACCUUUUUCAUAGGCUUUUUUGAGUUUGGGCAAGGACACAGGGGCUCCAUGAUCCCCUAUUGCCCGGGGGCCCCAUGAGUUGUCAGUCCGCCCCUGGAUAUGCCCCUGGUACCUUAUUCAGAGGUGGCUCAGCUCCACCCCUUCUCUCUUCUCAUUGGCUCACUAGCUGUGAUUCACAG